ACGCGUGUUUUUGAUUAGCGCUGAAUUGCUUGCGACUACAUUUCACUUUGUUGAAUUGAAUUUAAAAAAAAAUGCAAUUUCAUUUCAAAAUUGCAGAGCCAGAACCGAAUGCUACGGGCGUCCCUAAUACUACUAAUCCACAUAAUGCAUUACAGCCGCAACAGCCGGCUGUGCUGACUGAGUCCAAAGAUGCCCAACAUGAAAUUAAAUUGCAAAACAUCGUGGCUACCUUUUCCGUAGACUGUGAGCUAGAUUUGAAAACCAUCAAUUCGCGCACUCGCAACUCGGAAUACACGCCCAAACGCUUUAGAGGAGUCAUUAUGCGAAUGCAUUCACCUCGUUGUACCGCUCUGAUCUUUCGCACCGGUAAGGUGAUUUGCACAGGUGCCCGCAACGAAACCGAGGCGAACAUCGGAUCCCGGAAAUUUGCACGUAUUCUACAGAAAUUGGGUUUCCCAGUUAAAUUUGUCGAUUAUAAGCUGCAGAAUAUUGUUGCCACUGUCGAUUUGCGUUUUCCCAUUCGUUUGGAGAACCUAAAUCAGGUGCAUGGCCAAUUUAGCUCGUAUGAGCCGGAAAUGUUUCCGGGCCUCAUUUACCGCAUGGUUAAGCCACGCAUUGUCCUGCUCAUCUUUGUCAAUGGCAAAAUUGUGUUUACUGGCGCUAAGUCAAGAAAGGAUAUCAUGGACUGCCUAGAAGCCAUAUCCCCAAUUUUGCUCAGUUUUCGCAAAACGUAGAGCCUAUAUUCAUUUAUGUAUCCUAAGUUACUUUUAAUAAUUGUAGCAUUUAUCGAACAAUUUAAUAUAUGGUAUUUAACUAUUUAU